UCAGAUCUAAAAGUAACGACAGAAAACCUCGCGAAGUAUGUGACAAUAUCCAAGCAAGCUUUGGAGGAAAGAGACUAUUUAAAGUUAGGUGCAGAACCCUAUAAAUGUGACAAUGCUAAAUUGGUAAGGGAAUGCAAUGAGUUACAUUUGGCCUUUAUCCAGUUCAAGGAGCAACAUGAGAAGGUACAAAAAGAUCUUAAAACGAAAAUAAGCGUGUUGGAAGGUCAACUUACGGACAGUGGCAUAGAGAGACAUAAACUACUUCAGAAAAUUGGGAAUUUGGAGUCUGAAUUGAAUAGAGCAGCUAAAGGUGAUAAAUUGAAAUCGCAGAGUCAAACAAAGAGUGCGAGUUUUCAUUUGAAUAGUGUUAUGGCAAAUUCCGACCAAAAAAUUGCUACUUUAAGCAAAGAACUGAGAAAACUGAGAGAGGAACAGUUACAGUGUAUCAAAAGCAAUGAGUUCUUCAAAGCACAGUUACAAAAUCGAGAUGAAGAAAUUAAGAGAUUGAAUAGUUUACUAGAGGGAGGAAGGCCAACUAAAGCUCUAAGUAAAGAUUGUUGUUACAAGAACAUUGACAAUAAAAUUGGAUCAUUACAGGAUGAAAUAAAUGGAUUAAAGAGGGAGAAAAUUACUUUACAGAAUGAGUUGAAAGAGGCCUUGGCUAAACAACAUGAGGCGAUGAGAAGGGCAAUACACCUAGCAGACAGGAACAAACAGCUAGAAAAUGAAAUGAAAGACAUCGACCAAAUUGCUUUAGCAGUCGAAGCCGAAUGUAAUGACACUGUGAAGAAUAAUGCUGAAAAAGUUACUAGGUUGCAAGAUAAAAUCAACGAAUCAAUUAUCACUAUUCAAAAUCUGGAAAGGGAUAAUGCCAAGUUGAUAACUGAGAAGAAAGAACUGUCUGCCGAAUUGGACGCCAUUAGGUUGGAAAAGAAAACUUUGCAGACUCUUCUGGAAACUGAGGCUGAAGAUAAAAAGAGGUUGACUGAUCGAAUCAACAAUUUCACCAUAAUCGAAAACGACUUGAACAAAGAAAUCGAUAGGUUACUAAAGAUAUCUGGCCAACAGCGCAUAAAAAUUGCCGAACUGGAAUGUCAGGUUACAACUACAAAACUAAAAGCGUCUGGUGAUCUUCCAAAAUUUCAAACAAAGCAACCUAGCCAUCCUAGUAUCGACAAAACUUCCAAAAAGUCAGAAUCGAUUGAUCAUGGUAUUAAAUCAAAGCAAAGCGUACCUAAAGUAUUACACAAAAAGACAUGCAAAAAGUCUUCCCUCUCAAAGCAGUCUUCCUCUUUGAAAGAUAUACAAGAAGAUAGGAGAACGUCCCUAACAAUUCAGAAAAGCCAGACUUGUUGCUGUGAAGCUGGAGGUUGCGUAAGGAGCAUGAAAGAACUAUUGGACAAGGAGAUGGAGUUGAGGCAAGAGCAGGCAAUGCAACAGAUUGAAUCUCUGAAACAAGAAAAAGACUACUACAUGAAAGAAUACCAUAAAGUUGUUGAACAAAUGAGAUCUUUUCCCGUACCAGAGAAGUCCAAUAGGCUUCAAGAUCAGACUGAAGGCAUGCUCGGCCGUAUCAAAGAAAAAGAUCAGAUGAUUUCGACAUUACAAAGUGAACUGAGGACACUGAGCAAUGAGAAAUACUCUUUGACAUCAAGAUUGGAAAGCAUCAGCAGAGGUCAGUCCGAAAUUGAAGUCGACGGCAUUUGCCAAAAGACAGGUUGCAAAAGGAAAGCCAGGGAGUUGGAAAUUCAUCGGGAUGAAGUAAAACAUCUAGAGAGAGAAAAUGAUUCAUUGAAAUCGAAAAUACAGGCUUUGACCGAAUCAUCAGUUUUUGACCAAGACAGAAUGAAGAAAGCCUUCAGAGAAAUGGAGGAGCACAUUAGGGUACUUGAAAACGAACGUAGGGACCUGGUGGUAGGUCAGACUACAAGUAGAUCAAAUGUAACACAGUUAGAAGAAGAACGUAGUCAGAUCAAAGAACAGCUGAGAGUGACAGUAAAUGAACUAAACACGCUAAAGGCGAAUUAUAAUCAACUCAAACUCCUUCAGGACCAAAGCGACAGAGCCUUGACAGAGGCACAAAGUCAGCUCCUCAGAGCCGAAACGGAGCUGCAGAGCUAUCAGUCGAAAGUGAGCUUGACACACAGGGAAUCUGCCGGGCAUGAGAGAGAAGUGGCCCGGUUGCAAGGAGACGUGGAAGUCAUGAAAUUGCAACUAUCCAAAAUAGACAAGGAGAAGGACGAAUUAUUGAAUAUUGUCGACGAAAAGACGGAGAAAAUCGAUCUCUUGGAGAACCAGCUGAGGGAGAAGAAGAAUUUGAUGUCGAGUUUGGAGGGGGAAUUAAAAGAGCUAAAGAGGAAGUUGGGAUUUUUUCAGUUUGCUGUGGAAAUUACGUACUCUGCAAGCAUAACCGUCGGCGACAUGCAGAGCGUAACGUUUUUCUGCCCGACCAUCCGAAUGCUUCUCCUGUACCCCGGGAUACACUCGCACAGCCCGACCCGUUCCUUCCACCCUUCGCUGAACAGUUCCUGCUCCUGUCUCCCCUCCCUUCCGUCCCUCUUCGGUACUAACCAUGAGCCUCUGAAGCAAGGCCCCUGCGUGAGAUUACUGGAUGACAUUGCUAGUUUGACAUGCGAUGUUAGGGACACUCGCAAAGAAUUAGAAAUAUCAAAGAGGCAGGUGGAUGAUCUGACUAGACAACUUCAGCAUUAUGUUGCAGAGGUCAAAAGGACUGAGGAUCUCAUAUCUCAAAAGGAACUAGAAAGGACGGAAAUUCUCGACCAGUUCAAGUGUUUGUCCGAAGAGGCCAAUAUUCUGGAGAGCAGCAAUCACACUUUGGAAAAUGAAGCAACUCAGUCUAAGGUGCAACUGUCUGUAGCGCUAGACCAUGCUUCCGAUCUGGAAAGGAAGCUGGAGAACCAGGACAGCAUCAUCAAGAGUUAUGAGAGACAGGUAGAAAGAAAUGUCGAUAUGUUGUCGAGAGAAAACAAAGAGCUAAGGCGAGCUCUGGACAAAGACAAAAACGAUUUGGAAGGAUUGGAAAAAUUGCUGAAUGAAGCCAGACAAGAAGUAGUUGAGCAACGCUUGUUAAAUCAAGAUCUUCAGUCUGAAGUGGUCAGGAUGAAGGCAAAAAUCAACGACAUGCAGGAGGGAUUAUCCAAUCCCUCCCUAAUCGAAACCCCAGAAAGCGCUAAAUACCGCAGCCCACUCUCUCGACGUAUUUGUCGGUGUUGCCCUGAAUCUGAUUUCGAGGAAAGCGACAGAAAGAAAAAUAGAUCAAGAAAUAAAGAAGACAGUAAAACUAUCACUUUGAAAAAUAAGAAAUAUGUCAUCGAAAAGAGGUACGAAAAAGGUACGCAAACAAUUGAAAAAUGGACGAAAAUUCAUCUGUCUACCAGAAAUGUAGGAGUGAAGACUGGAAUACACAAAAUAACAUUCGGAAGUUGUGGAAGGCAGAGAUGUAGGUGUUGCCCAUUCGGCGGACAAAGCAGAAAUCAGAGAUUUUCAGAGGAAAAGACAGAUCCCGAAAAAACUGUUACGUCCUCAUGCGGUGUUCAGACGACUCCUACUACUUCAAAUAAAUCAAGUAGUUGCGACAGUUCCAGCACUAACGAUUCCAACAAGAGAUCUGGUACGUUCAAGGGUGUGUUUGAGUUGGAAGAACCGAAUCUGAAUAUCUGCAAAUCGGGUUGUACUGGUGAUUGUUCACGAAAACUUGAUUAGGUUUGAUUUCUUCUCUUUUGUGUAUAUAGGAGUUGAUAUAUUAUUUAAUUUCAGUCCUGUCUAUUUAUCAUUUGCUAUAUAAAUAUUGAAUCUUGGUAAAGAUAAUAAUAAUUUAAUAACCAUUGUUGGUACACUUGGUACAUUUCGUGAAUCAUGAUUACAUUACAAUUGAUUAAAUGAAUGAAUAAACUCUAUUAAUUAGUACAAACAUAGAGUGUCAUGUAUUUAAUGAAAACAUAAAAAUAAAAUGUGCAUUCUUGCACCUGA